AUGGUUCAUUCAGCAACUAUUCUGAUACGAAACCUGCCUCCGAAAGCUCCUCAAUCUCGCCCGGCUCAAGAGAAUCACGCGUGUCGUGCUGCCUUCGGUCGACCGAGCUCAGCUGUCUCGGUCGUGGUGCUAGAUGUAGCCCCCAGGAAAUUCAAACGCCACGCUGGCACCAGCGGAACGACACAGGAGCCGCCGCACGCGGUCUUCCUGGAGGUGGACGGGCGGCGGCUGGACCCGGGCAACGUGUUCCUGCCCGUGCUGGAGGGCUCAGCGCUCGCCGUGGGCUGCGUGGCCGAGGGCGGCGAGCCGCCGCCGCGACUCUCGUGGCGGCUGGCGCUCGCCGGGCAGCCGGACGCGCAGGCGCAGCCGCAGCAGCACCAGCACGGCGCCGUGCCCCUGCUGAGCACGCAGCCCGCCGCGCCGCUGCCCGCCGCGGCCCACGUGCUGCGCUCCGAGGCGCGGCUGGCGCGGCUGCUGCGCGCCCACCACAACGCCAGCGUCGCCUGCCUCGUGCAGCACCCCGCGCUGCCGCAGCCCGCGCUACAGGUCUCGCUGCUGCUCGACGUCCAGUACAGCCCGUCCUUCGCCAUCAGCCGCACGCCCGGCUUCGGCUUCCCGCUGCUAGAGGGCAUGGCAGUCUCCCUCAAGUGUGACGUCGACUCCAACCCGCCGUCCAGUCCCGUCUGGGUCAAAGAUGACGGCGCGCCCCCGGUAGCCCAGUCCAACGACGGUUUCCUCAACUUCAGCUCCAUCAGCCGCGAGCACAUGGGCUGGUACAAGUGCACCAGUCGCGACGCCAGCUCCAUCGGCUACUACCUCAACGUCAUCUAUGACGGAGAGGCCGGCGUGGAGGAGGACGCAGCAGGUGGAGUCGGCGGCGGUGGCGGCGGCGGUGGCGGCGGCGGCGAGGCCAUGUCGGACGAGGGCGGCGGGGGCGGCGGCGCGGUGGGGGCGGGCCCGCAGCUGUCUCUGGAGCGCGUGCUGUACCAGGAGGCGGGCGUCUACCGCUGCGAGCCGGACCGCCGCGCGCAGGGCCUGCUCGACCGCCGCCGCGCCGCGCUCAGCGUCCGCCUCAACGUCACCGGGGCGCCGGUGGUGCACCCCAGCAAUGCGACGGUGUCGGCGCGCAGCGGGCAGUCCGUCACGCUGCGCUUCGAGUUCUGCGCCAACCCGGCGGCGCAGCGCGCCCUCUGGCUCGUGUCGUCCGCCUCCACCGCGGCGCUGCUGCGGCCCGGAAACGCCACCGGCCGCCUCACCGCCCACAACCUCACCGCCGGCAGUUCGCCGCUGUGCCGCGAGGCGGCUCUGACGCUGGCGGCGGCGUCGCCGUCGGACGCGGGCGAGUACUCGCUGGUGGUGCGGUCGCCGCGCGGGCUGGCCGAGGGAAGCGUGCUGCUCGCCGUGACGCGCGCCUCCGGCCUGGAAAUCUGUAAUAUCCCUCAAGACAUGCUGAUAGCUGUGCAGCAGCCUAUGGCGUCUGGUUAG